AUGGGCAGCCAGAAGCGCAUAGCCAAGGAACUGGCCGAACUCGUCGAGACCCCGCCGGAGGGCAUCACCGUCGAACUAGCCGAUGAAUCCAACCUGUACGAAUGGACGGUCCACAUGGAAGGCCCCGAUGGAUCACCAUAUCAUGUACAAAGGAAAAUUCCGGGUGAAGCUCUCCUCCCCACCGGAUACCCAUUCAAGCCGCCGGCAGUCUCGUUCGCAACGAAAAUAUACCAUCCCAAUGUGACAACCGACGAGAAGGGUAGUAUGUGCUUAGGCAUGCUCCGGCCGGAUGAGUGGAAGCCCAGCUCCAAGAUCUCGGCGGUUCUGCAAUUUGCGCGCCAGCUGCUGGCGGAGCCUAUGCCCGAUGAUGCCGUCGAGGGAAGGAUCGCGGAACAAUACAAGAAUGACCGCAAACGUUUCGAGGAGAUCGCGCGCGAUUGGACUCGGCAAUAUGCGACCUCAUAG